AUAAGGUCGGGGGACUAGCUAGCGUCUGGCCACACAAGUCACACUGCACCUGCAGGUCGCCGCCUGUUUCCCCGCCUACAGAUAAUUCCAGAAGCAUGAGGAUAUUUACCAUCGCUACAUUCACAGUCUGCUGUCACUUGCUAAGAGCCUUCACCAUCACGGCUCCCAAGGACCUGUACGUGGUAGAAUACGGCAGCAAUGUCACGAUUGAAUGCAGAUUCCCGGUAGAACACAAGCUGGACCUGCCCGCCUUAGUUGUCUACUGGGAGAAGGACGACCAACAAGUUAUCCAGUUCGUAGAUGGAAAGACAGACCGGCAAGACAGCAGCUUCAGGGAGAGAGCCUCGUUGCCAAAGGAACAGAUUUUAAAGGGAAACGCGGGGCUUCACAUCACGGACGUGAAGCUGCGGGACGCCGGGGUUUACUGUUGCAUGAUCAGCUAUGGCGGCGCGGACUACAAGCGGAUCACACUCAAAGUCCACGCCCCGUACCACAAAAUCAACCACAGAAUUUUCAUGGAUCCAGCCACGUCCGAGUACGAACUAACAUGUCAGGCUGAGGGCUACCCAAAAGCUGAAGUCAUCUGGACCAACAGUGACAACCAAUCCCUGAGUGGCAAGACCACUGUCACCGCUUCCCAGACAGAAGAGAAGCUUUUCAACAUGACCAGCACGCUGAGGAUCAACGCAACGGCUAACGAUGUUUUCUACUGCACGUUUUGGAGACUACAGUCAGGGGAAAACUACACAGCUGAGUUGAUCAUCCCAGAACCACCUGCAGAAUUUCUCCCAAAUAAGAGGACUCGAUGGGUACUUGUGGGAUCAUUUCUACUGUCCUUUGUUGCAGUCCUAGUCCUAGCCUUCUUCUGCCUAAGAAAACAAGUGAAAACUCUAGAUGUGGAGAAAUGUGGCUUCGAAGACACAAAGUCAAAAAACCAAACCGAUACACAGUUCGAGGAGACGUAAGCAGCAAGGAAACCUCUGGUCUUCGAGGCGGGAUUGGCAGUCUGUGGUCUGCGAAUGAGGGGGCCCUUGGGAUGUGGGUCCAAGGACUCGAAAUGGAACCAGGGAAGACAAGAGAAGGGAGAAAAAGGCGAGCCUGGGGACAAACGACAUUUCUGCAGGAGACACCAACAAGCAAGCUUACCCGUUAAUCAUCUUGGGAAAGUGGGCUGAGAACCCCUGGCUCAACAUCUGGCCCUUGCAGAAGUGCCCUUUCCCUCCACUCGGUGCCUGGAUGGGCGUCGGAGAGUCACAAGUGUGGAAGUAUGAGUGUUCCUAUUUAUUUUGAGUUUGUGUAUGCUUGGUGUGGGAGCGUGGCUGUGCCUGAUGCGUUCUAAAGACAUAAUAGAUGCUAACAUACAGUCACCAAACUCUACUGCUGCUUACAGUCUUGUCCACAGGCAGAAAAGCAUGUGCAUAUGUGAGGUGCUUGGUGUCCUCUGUGACUACUGGUAUAAGCGGGACACAUGGAGAACACAUGCUUGGUUCAACAGGGCUUCUGCUAUUUGACUUGAAUAAUCUUUAUUCUCAGUCCUUGAGGCUCUGUGGUAGUAACUGUUCCAUUGAAGUAUCAGUUUUACAAGUGUCUGAUACUACAUGCAACAAUCUCAUUUCAUCUCCAUAGCAACAACCCUCAGGGUAACCUCUAUUAUACUCACUUCGCAGCCCAAGAAGCUGAGCAAUUAAGUGAUUUGCCUACAGAAUAACAGCUAUCAGAUUUCUGUCCUUCAGCCACUGUCCUUUCAGGAUUCAGUUUGUAGCUAAGAAAUGAAUUAAAAAACUGCUUAAGUAGCAUUGAUUUCACACAGCCUUGUGUACCAUGCUGGCCCUGAGCAUAGAGAUGCAAGCCAGGGUACUGGUUGGAUAUGUGUAUGCAUAUGCUUAAGUUCAAUACUCUAAGCAAUGUUCAUUAACAAGGAGUCUAUAUUUAAAAGACUCUGGAAGUAACUCUUGAGUUCCUUGUCUAGCAUUGGAUUUACGUCUUAUUUGUUACCUUCUUCAUACAAUCUCACAUCCUCCUUGUAAUAUCUAGCAUUGCUUAAAAGUUCUUUUUUAUUUUUCUAUUUAAAUGAUAUUGAGGGUUGGGGAGAUAGCUCAGCUGUAAAACACUUUCCUCAUGAGGUAUAAAACCCUAAGUUGUUCCCCAAAACCCUCAUACAAAAACAGCUGGGUAUAUAUUGCAUGCGUUUGAUCCCAGCACCAGGGAGGCAGAGACAGGCAGAUCCCUAACUCUCAUUGGCUAGCCAGUCUAGCCUGCUUGGUAAGCGCCAGGCUUAUGAGAGCUGAUACCUCAAAAGAUAAUGUAGACAGUGCCUGAGAAAUGAUGCCUGCACACACACAUAUACCACACAUGCACACACACACAUACACCACACAUGCACACACACAUACACCACACAUGCACACACAAUGUGCCACACAUGCAUACACACAUGCACCACACAUGCACAUGAACACACAUGCAAUCCAAAUACAUGUCAACAGGGUGCUGACUCAGAAUGGUCCCAAAGACAAAAUAAAACUCUAUUCCAUUGCCCUAGCCUUGCUAGCCCCUUCCAAGAAGCAACUGGUAUUGCUUUUUGCACAUAUAUUUUCUCAAAGAUGAUUAAUAAGUAGAAAUAUAUGUUAAAGUACCUAUAUUUUUUUAAUUCCUAAAUAGUAGCUCACUGUGUAUUUGCAUAUUUACCCUUUUUAUUUAAUGUACUGAUCCUUAUGCAGCUGCUGGAACCUAUUUAAAGAUCCAAGAAGGGACCUGCCUCCUUUCUAGGGUUUUCCUUCCCAUUCCUCCAGAUGUCUCUCAUAGUGCCUAGUCCAGGCACUGUGUCUGCUGUCCCUACCUGUAAAAUACCAUUUAUAGAGCACUUACUUACUCGCUCACUGAGUUUGUGUUUGGUUUAUUUUGUGUCUGCUCAAAGGGAGACCGUGAGUCCCCAGGGUGCACUGAGUCAACCCAACACCAAGGAGUCGGUAGCCUUCUCUGUCACUCAGCGAGACGCAGAUCUGGCCAGUGUUGGCACUGCUGUUUCCCUCUGCUUCUUUUCUCAAACACAGAUGCUCCGCUUGCUUAUCACAGGUUCUCCCUGGAAAUCCCAGCUUUGCUCCUCCUGCUGGUUGGACCUGCCCUUGUACCAGGAAAAGCCCCUUAGCUCUGCCUGAACCCUUGAAGGUCACUGCCUCUCAUUGCCACAGGGGCCUCAAAGAUAAUGUUUUCUUGGGGGAGGAGGGGAGAAAGAGCCCAGAGCUUUCUAUCAGUCCUCUUUGUCUGGUCCCACGUCAGGGCUGAAGAAACAGGCCAGGUCCGGUGGUGCAUACAAGUCUCUAAUCCCAGCCUUCGGGAGGAGAGGCAGGCAGAUCUCUGUGAGUUGAGGCCAGCCUGGUCUACAUAGAGUCCAAGCCAGCCAGGGCAACAUAGUGAAAUUCUGUCUCAGAGCUAAGACUGAUGAAUCAGAACCCCCAAGGGAACCCUUCUGUUACCUGUUCACGGGAUGAUUCUCAUGGCAAUGUUCUGUUUGUGUGAAGUUUAAGAAAAUAUGUAGUCGAGCGAGACUCCAAUUACUCACUUUAUUUGAAAUCUUAACACCGUCUCACGGCGUUGGAUUGUAACGGCACUUUAUACCUUUGUGUUGUGGGUCGCCCUACAUGUAAAUUUUAUUUUGCAUCGAAUUGUCAUUGUAUUGCAUUAAUUUAAUAAACUAUUCUUAUUUAUUAAA